AUGGGACAACAACCUAGCUCCAUUCCACCACCCUCAAAUUCAAACAGUCGUACUUCCACUACCAAUGAAAAUCCAACAUUUCGCAGAAGAACACUCUUUUCAACAUUCAUAAAUAGAAGAAAUCGAUCAGCAACAACAACAGCUUCAUCUUCUAGAGGAGCCGUUGCAUCAUCUUCUAAUUCAGCCUCUUAUUCUGGUAGUAGUGAUCAUCAUCAACAACAGCCUCCGAGAAGGAAAACAAUUUUACAAAGAAUAAUAAAAAGAAAUGAUGAUUCGGAUGAUAGUGAUGAAGAAGAGGAGAUUGAUGAGAGGGUUUUUUCACUCCCAAUGGAAUUUAUUCAAUACAGGAGAGGAUGGUAUGAAAGACAUGAAGAAUAUGCACAACAAUUUGAUCAGUCACAUUCAACACUAUUGAGUCAUGAAUUGGGAUUGAUUAAUUCUGAUAUCAUUCCAAUAAUAUUGUCCUUUUUGAGCAUUCGUGAUUGUUGUAAUUUUUCAGCGAGUUGUAAAUUGGUGUAUCAUUAUUGGUUGGGAGAUCCUUGGUUUUGGUUUCGAAUGUCACCAAAGAGAUUGGUACUGCAUGUACAAAAGUAUCAACCAUUCUCACUAGAAUUUAUCAAUGCCAAGAACUGGAGAGAUAUGGCAAUGAUUUUCAUAUUUAACAAGACUUGGAGGUCAAUUGACUCAUGUUUUGAGGUUUGUGAAAAGAGUUAUUCAUCAUCAAAUAUUCCAAAGGAAGAAUCAUUUUUUUACUUUAAAAAUCCAGAUGAUGAGAAUGUUGUGAAACAGCUCUUAUUUGGCACAGAAGGAAAACCAAUCAAUGUGAAAUGCAAGAGGAAUAAUGCGAAAUAUUUGGUAAACUUUGGAAUAUCAAUGGAUGAUUACAAACCAGAACAUGGAUCGAAUACUCAAUGUGUAAUGUUCAUUAAUUUAUAUACCUCCAAUGGAUCGAGGGAAAUGUUAUGCUUAGAAAAAUUUACCAAACAGUAUGGUCGACAUGAUUUCCUAAUAGUUGUUUAUUAUUGGCCAAACUCAACCGAGCAAGAGAAGGGUUUCAGUUUCAAUACUCAAUUGAACAGUUGGAGAGCUCAAUCAGAGUUAAACAUUACACCAUAUUUAGAAUAUUUGGAGCCAAUAAGGAGUGAUAAGGAAGCAAAAUCAUUCUUUCAAUUGGUUUUGAAAUGGAAAGCAUUGAAACACUAUUUAAAACAUGCUAAUCAUAGUCCCCAGGAUAAACAUAGAGGCACCCUAGAGAGUAUGGUACUUUCGUAUUGUUCAGAUUAUAUGGAUUAA